AUGAUGAUCCCGUCUUGGUACCAUGCACCGUUCGGAACCUGGUUUCCUCGAGUCCAAUCGUCGUUUAGAUCGUCCCGCUUGGGCUUCCGGACCGGGAUUGCCCUGAGCGCUGAGUGGAUGCCGAUGCCCUGCUUUUUCGCCGAAGUGUCUCCGACACGCACUGGAGACUCCAUGGGGUUCCCCCAACCCAGCGUUGCGGAUGCGUAA